AUGGGCGAUGGUCCUCGAGGCAUACAAGUAUUUCCUGAUUAUUUUGUAGCAUCAACUUCUGGUUCGGAUUCUCCUCCAAGCCAGGCAUCUUCAGCCUCGGAUUUGAGGUCUCCUAGCCGUUCGUCUGCUCGAAGGAGAUUUAGAAGAGCCACAACCAUGUUGAAUUUAUUUAGUCUAAAGGGGCUAUCAUGGAAAUUAAUCGGAAAUGAUCAGGAAAAGGUUGUGUUAAGUGCUGUGGAGGUGGAAUCUCUUCGUUCGGAAAUAGCUGCUUUAGAAGAAAGAGAAUCUCACUUUAAAGCUCAGCUAGAACAUGUUGAUGAAGUAUUAAGAUCUGCUCGUCUAUCUGGAUAUCUGUUCUUGCGAACGAGAUGGGCAGCAUUACCGGGAGAACCUCCACCGAUAGACGAUACCGAAGUUGACGAUUGGCUUCCACGCUUUGUUGUCCUUCAUGGGUCAUGCAUCUAUCUGUACAUGAUAGCCACUGAUUUAAGCCCCCAGGACUCGACCCUCCUAUCUGAUGUUGUUGAAGUUGGGGCCCUCCCUUGCCUAACACGGGAAGACGACGAGACCCGAUACUGCUUUUAUAUCUUAACAUGUCAUGGCUUGCGAUAUGAAUGCUCAAGUCCAUCUAAGAUACAGAUCGAUUCAUGGUUGGCAGCACUAAGGAUUGAUUGUAAGUUGGCAUCGCGAUCUGAAGACCCAAAGGAACCAGAGAAGAUGUGA